CGGCGGCGAAGCGUAUGUCAAUAUUGCGAGGUCGAAAGCCUCAGCAAGUGUAACGAAGGGUUCUGUGCACUGUGAGCCUCAUUGCCGAACUCCGCCAUGUCGAAAGCACCGACGCUCUCGCUGCGGUCUACGCGGCUCGCCCUCAUUCAGCUCGGCCAGAAUUCGCUCACCAAGUCUCUGAACCUGCUUCGAGCGCGAGAAGCCGUCCUGCGCGCCGCCAAGGAGGACGGUGGCGCAGAUAUGGUCGUCCUUCCCGAAUGCUUUAACUCUCCCUAUGGCGUCAACCACUUCCCGACGUAUGCCGAGAGCCUCGGUGGCCUGUGGGAGAAGAUCAAGAAGCGGCUACCGCCUGCGCUUACUAGGGUGCCGCCUGGCCAGGAGGAGGCAAGGUGGACGAUUGACGGAGUGGAAAGCAGCAAGCAGGACGGAAAGGCUGGAGCAGGAGGCCCGAUUGACGUCAGCCAGAUUGCAACACAGAGCGAGAGCGUUAAGAUGCUCAGCGAGGUCGCAAAAGAGGCGUCCGUCGUCCUUGUUGGCGGUUCGAUUCCAGAGCGUGACGAUGUCAGUGGCAAGCUGUACAACACGAGCAUGGUAUUCGAUCAAGAAGGACGGCUCAUCUCCAUGUUCCGCAAGAUUCACCUCUUUGAUAUCAACAUCCCUGGGAAGAUGGUUUUCAAAGAGUCGGAAACGCUGACCGCAGGCGACCGGGUGACAGUGUUCGACUGUGCAUUCGGGCGCUUCGGCCUUGCGAUCUGUUAUGAUAUGCGCUUCCCGGAGCUAGCUCAGAUCGCUGCCCGCCUCGGGGCAGGCGCCAUGCUCUACCCAGGCGCAUUCAACACUACCACGGGUCCGCGACACUGGGAGCUGCUGCAGCGCGCACGCGCGACUGACAAUCAGAUCUACGUCGCGACGUGCUCGCCUGCCCGGCCGAGCGAGAAGAGCACGACAAGCAAGGACGGGCUGCACAAAAUCGUCGGGAGCGACGACGGCGCGUAUCCGACGUACGGACAUAGCACCAUCGUCGACCCAUGGGCCCAGGUGGUCGCGACGACAGAUGAGAAGGAAGGAAUUGUCAAGUGGACGCUGGAUCCAAAAGUGGUAGACGAGGCCAGGUCGGGUAUCCCGAUCAUGACGCAACGCCAAUUCCAUGUGUAUCCCAACGUUCUGCAAGGGUGAAAACAGGUAAUACUCUACACCUACUUCGACAUCUGCUUAUUCGUUGCUCUACUUUGAAAGGCGAUCAACCCGAAUGAUUGGUGGGCAUGUUGGUGCUCCAAGCCUCUUUCUGUUUACACGGACCAUAGGGCCAUAAGCACUCGUCUAACCCAACAAUAGGCCAGGUGAUGCGCCCCCUCUCCCCCCACCUUGUCCCCCCCCCCACCUUCUGUAGAGUGGCAGUUUUGAUCCGGUGCAAAAUGGGAUUGGGCGGUCGUCACAUUGUAGGGUUGCGCGCAUCAACAGCUCACGCAGCGCCUGUGUCUUCCACUCGCUUAUCAGCUGUCCAGUGACUGUGGCACACUGCGUGGAGUAAUGCAGAGCGAGAGAGAGCGCGAGGGUAUGGGUGGGUGGUGUGUC